AUGUCUAAAUUGAUUCCAGCAAUGGCUAUUGCCUCGCUCUUAUGGGGAAUUGCAAUUAUCAUCUACCGCUUUUUCUUCCACCCGUUGGCGAAGUACCCUGGCCCUCGCUUAGGAGCCUUAACCAAUUGGUAUACUGCUUUCUAUGCUUGGAGAGGGGAUCUCCAUAUCCAAAAUCGGAAAUGGCAUGAGAAAUAUGGAGAUAUCGUGCGAUAUGGACCAAACAGCCUCGAUUUUAAUACCCACUCGGGGAUGAGCGCGAUAUAUAGCACUCGGGCCAAUGUUCGCAAGACGGAAACUUAUGCUGCUAUGAGUGCUAGUCGACGGACUCCCAAUACUAUCUCUGCAACCGACAAGACCGUUCAUGGUUUCAAGCGUCGGAUCAUGUCACAGGUCUUCUCCGACCAAGGGCUAAGGGCUAUCGAAGACCGCUUCAUGGCUAGAAUCAAUGAUUUCAUCCCGCUACUUUCAGUCGGCACUGACGAGAAAGAAUGGGGCAGGCCGAAGGAAAUGGCAUCAAUGUGCAGUUGGUUAGCAUUUGAUAUCAUCAGUGAUUUGAGCUUUGGAGAGCACUUCAAUAUGUUGAAGUCACCAGAACUACGAUGGUUCCCAUCAGUCAUACAGAAGCUUGCCCAGAGAGUUACGAUCGGCAUGAUCCAGCCUAAGUUCUUCAAUCUCAAGAUUGAUCGACUGUUCAUGGCAUCCCAACUCAAAGAUAUCUUGAAUGCCGGAACAUGGAUUCGUAAGCGCUCAGAGCUGCGGGCCUGCCUUGGCAACGACAUCAAACAGGAUCUAUUUUACAAGAUGAUGAAUGCCACAGAUCCAAAGACGGGGUUAAGCUUUACUCAAAAGGAUCUUUGGUUGGAGUCUAUUAUGUUACUCACUGCUGGCUCCGACACUACCUCUGCUGCAAUGAGUGCCACAUUGUUUCUCCUGGGCCACCAUCCAGCCACGCUCGCACGAUUGACAGAAGAGAUUCGCAUGGCUUUCUCUAGAGAAGAUGAGAUCCAUAUAGGGCAGCAGCUUAACUCGUGCAAAUUUCUCCAAGCGUGUAUCAACGAAUCACUACGUCUACUACCAUCUGUUCCCAAUUCACCUCCACGGAUAGUUCAAGAAGGCGGGAUCCAGAUCGACCAGGAUUUCAUUCCCGCCGGAAUCACAGUGGGCACAUCCAUCUACACGCUUCAACGGAACCCGCGAUAUUUUGCGGCCCCCGAUGAGUUUCACCCGGAAAGAUGGUUCAGCAACCCAAAGGAGAAUAUCAAAGAAGAUUCGAAGAUGAAAAAUGCAGAAGAGAGUCUAAAGCUUUCUUCUCGCCGUCCGAUUACCCCUGAACCCCUGAAUCCUCCGAAUACCCUCAUCCAUCCGAAAAGGUCCAAGGAACUCACUUGCUGCGAUCAACAAGUGAACAUAAUGGACCCGAGCACCUAUCUCUCCGCUAUGAAGAGCGAGAAACUAAAGGACUCGUCACAAUGGCAGUCCUGGCACCAGCGAGUGAAGGUAUUCGCGAAGCGCCGUGAAGUCUGGGACUUUUGCAACCCGGAUAUUGACGAAUUGCAUCGUCCAGAGGUUCUCAUUGAACCUAUUGCACCUGAAUACCCUGAUAAUGGGUCACGGGAAGACCAGAGGAAGUGGAGAGACCGCCUCAAAGUCUAUAAAACCAAGGCAAACCGCUGGGAUAGACAGCGCAAAAGCCUAAAUGAGAUUGAUGAUCUUAUCGUCAACUCUCUGGAUACAUCACUCCGUAAUGCAGUUUUGAAGUGCGAAACACCGUACGACCGUCUAGGAUAUCUCAGCAAGAGAUUCGCUAGAUCCGAAGCGUAUACUGAAGAAGUACGCAUGCAAUGGAAGGCCGUAUCAGCCCAAAAACCGACCGGAGAUAUCGAAAAAUGGCUAAUCUCAUGGGUGGAGCUAUAUGAGCGAGCACAAGGAUAUCAGGAAGCGAAAACUGAUGCGCCAAGUGAUGCGAAAAAGAAAUCGAAAGGCAAAUUGGACGACACGCCUUUCGAGGCAAGACCAUGCCCGUGUGGAAUCAAAUUCCACAAACCCGCCAAUUGCUACACUCUGAAUGCCGCGAUGAGACCCGACGGUUUCACGGUAUCAAAAGAGAGGCAGAGACAGGCCGAGAAAGCGCUUGCUGCAGAUCCAGCAUGGAAGAAAUGGGUCAAUAAAGCCAUUGAGAAAGCAUCGCCAAAGCUGUCAAAUACAGUCACUGGAAACAUGGCUUUCUCCACUAGCUUGCUAGACCUACCGGCGUCAUCCAUCAAGGACCGGUGGAUCUUAGACUCCGGUUCCAGCGUACAUUUCUGUAAUGAUAGAAGCCGCUUUGUGGACCUCUCCACUUGCCAGCACUCUCUAUCAACCGGUGACGGCAAGACAUCUGUUAUCGGGCAAGGGAUAGCAAGGCUUCAUGGCAUCGAUCCAAUCACAAGAAAGAAGAAGGUGAUUACCUUAAGCAACGUCUAUUACGCACCAGGUUUCCAUGUAAACCUAGUGUCGUACGCUCGCUUGAAGGAGAAAGGCGGGCAUUGGUCCGAGGAAGCAGGCUAUAUCGAAUAUCACAAUGCCAUCCCAAUUGUCAGCCUGAAAUUGGGGAAGUCAGCCGGCUUAUGGGUCUUCGAUCAACCCGGGAGAGCACCGAUACGGACAGCAAAUGCCGUCCGAUCAUCAUCAUCGCCAAAACAGUCAGCCGCAUCAGCUGAAGUAUGGCAUCGCCGACUAGGUCAUUCGCAGUACAAGACUGUACAGCAAGUGGCAAAGCUAGUCGAGGGCGUCACAAUUGACGCUAGGACAGAGGAUCACGCAAUUUGUGAGACUUGCCACCUAGGAAGAUCAGAUCGCCAAGUAUCAAGAAGACCAAUUGGAAGGGUUUUCGGGCCACUUGGUAGGGUUCAUUUUGAUCUGAUACAGCUUCCACGUGCUUACAAUAAGCAUAACUGGAUCUCCCACUUCUAUAUUGAAGGAAUAAGGUUCCACUGGGUCAUGACGCAUGAUUACAAGCCCGAAUGUCAGCUUGCAAUCAAUCAUUUCGUCCAAUUGGCCAAGAACUGGUGGAAACUUCCGAUCAAAGCUUUCAAUUAUGAUAAUGAGAAAGCUGCAGGACGUCCAGCUGAGCAGAGCUUGACAUCCGAUGGAAUUGUGGUCUAUCAUAGUCCACCAAGGCACCCCGAGAUGAAUGGGCAAGCUCCCAAAGGCCUAUGGCCUAAAGCAGCAAUAGCAGCAGUCUGGCUGCUGAAUCGGACCCCAACGUAUCUGGCUGAUCAGAAACGUUGGAUAGUCCCAUGGGGUGAAGUCAUGAAGAGCUUCGCCGGCGAGCAAGCGCCACCAAUCAACUUGGCCAACGUUAGGUUAUACGGCAGUCUCGCUUAUUGCCGUAUCGAGAAGCAGGUUCAGUCAGACAAGAUGAAUCCUCGUGCUGAGAUUGGCUUCUUGGUAGGCUAUAUAGCAUCGAACGUUUGGAAAAUAUGGUUUCCGCAAGCCAACAAAAUACGGCUCGUUCGGGAUGCUAUCUUCGAUGAAUCACGUCGAUAUACAGCGGACUUUCAGCACUUCCAGCAAGUGCCAUUGCCAAUACUGAAAGAACCGCAAGAAAUGGACCAAACAGAGGCGACGAGAGCCUUCGAAGCAUCGAUCUCGACUAGAUCAAUGCCUGAGUCAGAGCUAGAAGCAAGACCAUUCAAUGACGAUGAUCAAGGGGUCAAUGCUAUUAGCAAUGCUGAUGUCCAAAGCAAUGAAGUUCAAAAUGAGACUCUAGACAUUGGACAAAGAGACCGUUUUUCGGCCGAAAAACCGUCUCAUAAAGAAGCAGCAAUUCCUCUAUUGGACAGUGACGGUCUUUCUGCAAAAGACACCGUUCAGCCAAUCAGGAAUCAGGAAAAGCCUGACCAGACAUUCAGAGGUCAGGGGGUGUACAAUACACCCGAAAGGGAAAGACGGGAUGAAACAGACAUCAUCCCAGGCGCAUUUCCCCAGGAAGUUCCGCUUCCACCUACUCCGCUAAGUGAGUAUCCUGAGUCUCGUCAGGGGGUGGAAACGCUAGAUGAAACGCGUGGCACGCAAGAUCUAGCAAGGGACCAGGCUCAUGAUACGCAAGAAGUCGUACAGGAAGCUAUAGAGGAUCAGCAAGUGUACUCGGAUGAAGAAGCCGAAAUGCAAUUGCUUGCUGGACUCGCACCAAGGGAUAUCAAUGGAGAUGUCGAUGAAACAAACAUCAUAUCUGGUUCUCGAAGACGUCAGCCUAAGCGAGAUGAUGCUUAUUCGUACGUCACGAUGGAACCGCCAGCGUAUCUGCAUGCAUUUGCUGCUGGUCUGUACGCCGAGAAGCCAACUCGACGUCACAGAGAUGAUCUCCCUGAGCUUCCUAGGCACUGGAAGGAUGUCAUGAAUCAUCCCUUCCAGGAAGGCUUUCUCGCCGCUAUGAGAAAAGAGAUCGAAUCGCUUACUAGAAAAGCGACAUUCGAUAUCAUCGAUCGUCCGAAGGAUCGAGGGAAGCAAAUACUUCCACUUCUCUGGGUUUUCGCGGUUGGCUCGGCCGGGUAUGCCACCACGAUAACCCGACCGGAUGCCGCAAAAGCGAAUGCGAAGCUUGCUCAAUUCUUGACGAAUCCUGGACCUCAACACCAAAAGGCGGCUGAUAGACUGAUCAGCUACCUCUAUUCAACGCGGUACCACGCAAUCGAGUAUGGGUCUCAACAGGAAGACAUCGAAUCCGUCCAAUUGGCAAGUGACGCGUCGUAUGGAGAUCAUGCAGACCGGAAGAGCUCUGCAGGAUAUAUCUGCCAGGUUUAUGGAGGACCUGUGGACUGGAAGGCCACCAAACAACGGACGGUGACUACAUCAACAACGGAAGCAGAGCUUCUUGGGCUCUCAGAAGCUGGCAAGCACCUUCAAUGGUGGAGACGACUAUUGCGGCAUGUUGGUUUCGAUCCUUCUCACGUUAUUAGCAUUGAAUGCGACAAUGAGAGAGCGAUCAACUUGCUCACGUCUCAGGAUGCUAGCUUCGACACCAAGCUUCGUCAUGUAGACAUUCACCACCUAUGGCUGAGACAGGAAGUGCAGAAAGGCCGGAUUUCGAUCCGAUGGGUGCCUACUGCCAGAAUGGUAGCCGACGGCCUCACAAAAUUGCUGCCAAGACAGCAGCACGAGCGUUUUGUGAAAAUGCUUCACUUGGUGGACAUCAGCCACUUGGUGGAUGCUGAAAAGACGCCAGGGAGAGGUUGA